AUGAAAGAUAAAGAAAAAGGAAGUGAAACAAAAUUUGAAGAUUUAUUUUCUACUGCAUUUCAUAAAUAUGGACAAUUUAUAGCUAGACAUCCAAAAGCUAUAUUAUGGUUUUCAAUAAUAUUAACAAUUUCAACACUUCCAGGAUUUGCUUUUCUUAGACUUAAUUUAGAUCUCUAUAAAUUAUUUGUUCCACCAGAUGCCCCAGUUAAAUAUGAAUUUGAAAGGGGAAUAGAAUUUAAUAAAUUACCAAAUCAAAAUAUAGAUAAUUGGAUGAAAAUAAAACAAAGAGGUAAUGAUGUAAAUAUUAUAGAUACAAAAAAUACAACUAUUGAUAAUUCAAUGAUGAAACCAAAAAAAAAAUCUAAUAUGCAUAAUGAUAUUUUAAGAUUUUAUAUUGUACAUAAAAAUUAUGAAAAUUUAUUUGAAUCAAAAAUUCUUAAUGAAUUAUAUCAAUAUACAGAAGAAAUGAUGAAUGUUACAUUAGAAAAAGAUGGUUAUACAUGGUCAUUAGAAGAUUUUUGUAAAAAAGAUCCUGGUGUAACUAAAUGUACAAAUCUUCUUAAUAUUUGGCUUAAACAUGCUGCAAAUUUAUUUAAACAUGGUAAUUCUCGUACAAAUCCUAAUUUACAAUUAUCAUAUCCGGUAAUGUAUUUAUUUAAUCGUCCAAGAGAUAUUGGAAAUAUAAUUUAUGGGGUAGAUGUAAGAGGUGAAAAAAAUGAAAUAAUAGGUGCCAAAGUUUUGACAAUACAUUGGUUUGCUGAAUUCCCAAAAAAUGCCACAUUAAUAAGAGCAUUCUUUGACUUUAGGCAAAAAUUACAAGAAUUUUGGAAUGAAAAAUCAAAAAAUUCUUUUCUUAAUUUUGUUCCACAUAAUGAUAAAGCUAUGGAUGAUGAGUUAAGACUUAUUAUUGAAACAGCUUUACCAUUUGCCAUACCAUGUUCUAUACAAUUAAUGCUUUUUGUUAUUUUGUCAAAUUUAUCAAAAGAUCCCAGAAAAUCAAAACCAAUGGAGGCAUAUUUUGGUGUUAUAUCUGUUAUCCUUGCCUUAAUUUGUUCAUUUGGAUUUUGUUUUGCUAUUGGAAUUUCUUUUAAUCCAAUAUCAUGUACAAUGCCAUUUUUAUUAUUAGCAAUUGGUAUAGAUGAUGACUUUUUAAUAUUAGGUGCAUGGAGAAUGACUAAUCCUAAAUUGUCAAUUGAAGAAAGAAUGGGAUGGACUAUGGAUGAUGCUGGAGCCAGUAUUACAGUUACUUCUUUAACAAAUUUUGGUUGUUUUGCUUUAGGUUAUUUCUUAAGUCCAACACCAGCUGUUGGAGAUUUUUGUAUUUUGACAUCUAUUGGAGUAUUAUUUGAUUACCUUUUUCAAAUAACUUUCUUUUCUGCUCUCAUUGCUAUUGGGGCAAAGCGUGAAGAAUAUGGUGGAUUAAAUUCUUACUUUCCAUGGGGAACAAAACCACCAAAAGAUGAAAAUAAAAAUGAGGUUUCAGAAAUAGAAAGUAAUGAAGUUAAAUCUAUUGAUGUACUUAAAAAUAAUGAAACUUUAAAUAAUCAUCAAGAUAUUUUUGUCCGAAAUUCAACAUUAAUGUCAACAUUUAUGGGUGAAAAAUUUGCUCCAUUCAUUUUGAGGAAAGAUGUAAAAGUAUUAUCAUAUAUUUUAUUUAUUAUUUAUUUAAUUCUAAGUUUUUAUGGGUGUAUUCAUAUGAAAGUUGAUAUUUCUCCUAAAAAGUAUGUAAGAGAUACAUCAGUAAUGCAAUUUUUUAUUCAUCUAGCAGAUAAAUAUAUUUGGGCUGAUAAUGUUCAACCAAUUUUCCAUGUUAUGAAUCCUCCAGAUUUUCGUAAUGCUUCUCAAAGGGCACGAUUUAAUGAAUUAAUUUUCCGCCUCGAACAUACAAAAUAUUCUAUUGGUCGGGUAUCAACAAAUUUUUGGCUAUGGCAAUAUCAACAAUUUCUAAAUGAUUUUCCUGAAGUUGAUUAUCAAAAAGAUUUUUAUGAUAGAAAAUAUUUAUCACUAUUUUUAAAUACUUUAGAUUAUUCAGAAUAUAAAGCAAAAUUAAAAAUAAAUGCAUCUGUUCCAAAUGGUGAACCUUGUAUUUCAGCAUUCACAUUUGCUACCUCAUUUUUUGGUUUAAAUUCAUGGGACAAAAGACAAUCAGAACUUUUUUAUUGGCGUGAUUUAUUAAAAGAAUACCCUGAAUUUGAUAUGUUUUUAGCUGGAAUUUUUUCACCUUUCUUGAUUGAUCAAAGAUUUACUAUUGCUCCAUCAUCUAUGCAAUCUAUUGGAUGUGCUGUUGCUGUAAUGGCUUUACUUUCAAUAUUAUUUUUACCAGAUAAACAAUCUGCUUUUAUUAUUGCAUUUUCUAUUACAUCAAUUUCAUUAGGUGUAUGUGGAUUUUUACAAAUUUGGGGAAGUGAUUUAGAUUCUGUUUCUAUGGGUUGUAUUAUUAUGGCUAUAGGAUUAGCUGUAGAUUUUUCAGUACAUAUUUGUUAUAAAUAUCAUAGAAGUUUAGAGGUAACAGCAGAUGAAAAAGUAAUAGAUACAUUAUCAAUAGUUGGAUAUCCUAUUAUACAAGCCAUAACAUCAACUUUAUGGUCAAUGUUAUCAGUAUAUUUUAUUGAAGCAUAUCUUGUUCGUGUUUUCUUUCAAACUGUUGUUCUUGUUAAUGUUUUUGGUGUUUUACAUGCUUUGGUAUGGCUUCCACAAGUUUUAUCAAUGUUAGAUCCAUGUAACAGAGUACCUUUGAGAUUUAAAGAAGACUAA